AUGUCUGUCAUUGGCUUGCACAUUUUUGACAAAACUGGUAGCGAUGCUGUGGACAUGUUUGGCAUUGGGCUCAGUGAGAGAGGUCGAGGAUUUGGAGCAGGUCCGUGUCAAUACAUUCGAAGAUACAGGUCUGCAUUUCUUGACGCACAACGGGGCACCUUUGCGCCCACAUUCAAUGCAGAUAUUGUGGCGACAGUUGUCGCUGUUCCUUCUCGAGAUGAGAAUUCCCACCUUCAGAAUUUGAAAGACGAAGAACCCAUGUGGCCCAAGAUCGUGUCGCCGGGCCAGAAUGAUUUCGACGAGUAG